ACGGCGGCAGCGCAAGCAUGGCGGGGAAAUAGCAGCCAGAGCAAUUACAGGCGAGCGGAGAUUUCGCAAUCCUCAAGUAGCUGAACUGCUAAGGCAAGGUGGUGUGGAAUGAGCGCGGGCGUGGCGCAAUUCCAACACCGGCAGUGCAUGAGCAAAUAGACCGAGGUUUCGUAAACCUCAUGGCAGGGGUGGCAGUGCGAGCAGCGUGGCGUAUGGGCAGAUGGUUGGCAGGGGCGGCAGGAUGAGUACAGGAAAGCAGAGAUUUCGCAAACCUCAACCUGGCAACGAAAGGGUGGUGUGACAUGGACGAAGCUUUGGGGCAGGCGCUUGGAGCGGAUGAGUUAACACAGCACUCCCCCUCGCUCAGAGCGUCCCUUAGUCCCAGUACUGUAUUCGGGGGAUGGAAUCCAGACGCGGCGAAUAAACGCUGGGCGAGUUUGGUCCGGAGCAUAGAGCUGAACCCGGCCUUGCCGAAUCUGCACUGUGCCCCAACCCCAAUCGAAAUGCGAAAUCGACAGCGAGUUGAGAUGGCCAUCAUGCACAAUAAGAGUCGUGCAUCUCCUGAAUACGUGUGUCCAGGUCAUCCUCAACUGGUCCCAAUAAAGAAAGAAAGCAGUACCCCCAGAGGCCUCGAAUCCCCUCCUGAACGCACGCUGUCAGGAGGGUCGCAGAGCGACAGCAGAGAUAGAGACGUGCGGGUCAGUGCCUCGAGUGGAGACACUCGCCGACACUCUCACUUUAUCACCUGCUACACAUCGGUCCGAGUUUGAGAAUCCCUCUUGAGCACAUUCCAGGCCCGCUAAAGAGAGCUGGUCACCUGGACC